GCUGAGAGCUCACUAAACCAGCAGAACCAACAGAACCUUCAACACUACAGGAUAAGAAUCAGGAUGCUAAGUUUUGUUGUGCUCUUUUUGGCCUUUCUAUUUGACACAAGAAUAUGUCAUGCGGUGGAAACAGAGCUGAAAGUCACUACAAUAAAGCAAGAGCCAUACGCUAUGUCGAAAGACUCGGAGCUGGAGGGCUUCUGCAUGGACCUCCUCUUUGAAGUUUCCAAGAAAGUGGGCUUCACAUACAAAGUGCACCUGGUGAAAGACGGCUUAUACGGCCGAAUUGACGAAAGCGGGCACUGGAAAGGGAUGAUCGGGGAGGUUGUCCGAGGGGAGGCAGAUCUGGCCGUAGCUCCUCUCACUCUGACAGCAGCUCGAGCGAAGGUCGUGGGGAUGACCAAACCGUUCAUGCAGACAGGAAUCAGCAUUCUGCUCCGAAGAGAUCAAGCGGAAAACCAGGGAUCCUUCACCUUCCUCACCCCAUUCAACACUCAGACCUGGGUUAGCCUACUAAUGGCCUAUCUGGGAACUGCAGUCUGCAUGUUUUUAAUUGCUCGGUUGAGUCCUUGUGAAUGGGUUUCUGAGAGUGAUCAGAACAGGUUCAGUAUUGUGCACAGUUUGUGGUAUACAGUUGGAGGUCUGACUUUACAAGGGGCCGGUCCUCACCCCAAGUCUGUCUCUGGGCGUGUGGUCAGCUGCUGUUGGUGGUUAUUCACUCUGUUCCUUUUGGCCCAUUAUUUUACAAACCUGAGCUCUUCCAGCUCCACACAGUCCUCUUCAUUAACAGUGAAAGGAUUUGAAGAUCUGGCUAAUCAGGACAAGAUGGAGUAUGGGUGCAUGGCAGGGUCUACUCUUGCAUUCUUCAAGAAUUCCAGUAACAUGGUCUAUCGGAGGAUCUAUGAGCACAUGGAGAGGAGUAAGAGUUUAGUGUCUUCGAUGGACGAGGGGGUGCGCAGGGCCAGAGAGGGGAACUACGCCUUCAUCGGAGAGUCUGUGUCUCUGGAUCUGGCUGUGGCGCGGCACUGUGAACUGGUUCGGACUCAUGAGGUCAUUGGAAUGAGAGGAUACAGUAUUGCAGCACCUUUUGGCUCUCCUUUCUUAGAGAACUUGAGUUUGGCAAUCCUGGAGCUGGGUGAGGCUGGGGAGCUGGAGUACCUGCGUAGUAAGUGGUGGGGCAGUCACUGCUUGGACCAGGAUCAGACCGAGACCACAGAGGCACCCCCACAUAAGCUUAAAGGGCUGUUCUUGCUCUUGUCUCUGGGCUUAGGCCUGGGGCUCGUGCUGGCCCUCUUGGAGCUCGCCGCACACAGCCGAAACACCGCAGCAGUGCAGAAGAAAUCUUGUUGCUCCGUGCUGGUUGAACAGCUAAGUCUGCGCUUGACCAACAAGGCAAUACCACAGGAAACUAAUGAUAACAACAAGGACAAACCAUAAAAUUGAAUGUCAAAUUUUUAUAACAUGACUGGACAUUUUUACUAACAAAAUAUUUACGGAGUUUACAGAGAUUUGCAUGCGUGACUCAAAAUAGUUCAAUAAUAAACUGUAAUGUUUUCUACUUGUAGUGCACAUUUUCUGAUAUUUUAUGUACAAUUGGCAAUGACAUAAAAGAAAUUGAUUCUGUAAAC